GUCACAGAGAGAGAGAGAGAGAGCCACACAGACUACAUAAUGAAAUGGUAAAACCGGGGGAUUGCAACUUUGCGGGGUUUUCUCGUGACUUUUUACAAGCCAAUAAAGCUGAUAUCAGUACCUUAAUCAUCGUCACCAUCAUCGUCGUCCUCGUCGUUGUCAGUCAGUAAGGCACCUAACGCUUCUUAGCUUGCCAAAAGGCACUCACUCACUGAUCACAUUUUUUCAAUCGCCCAUUCUGUGAUCCGAGUGACUUUAGACCAGGUCUAUCUCAAAGUUCCGAUCUUUCUGGCUUCUUGGUGCUUCUGAUUCCUCGUUUUCCGACUGUUUUGUGAUCCGGGCAUUGCUCGUAGGAUUCCUGGUUACUUUGUGAAAGUGGCCUUGCUUUUCCCUUACACAGUAUAGAUUCCUCAUUCCUCGUUUUUCCUUUUCUAGGCACUUGUCCUGAAUAAAAAUCUCUGAAAAAAGUCAUCUUUUAGUUCGAUUUCUUGGUGGGGACGGGGUCAUGGAUUCUUGCUCUGCGACACUCACGGGCAAUGCUCAUCCAGUCAAAUUUGGCAGAGAAGGAAUUAGGAAUAUGGGUUCGGGGAUGUGGGGUGAGAGUAUGAGGGGAUGCCUAAAGAGCAGGGACUUGAGAACCCAAUUCUUGAAGAAUUCGAAGAGUGAAAGCAGCCGGGUUACGAAGUUUAAGCCCGGUGUUGCCUACUCUGUGCUCACAGAUAUCAACAAAGAGGCGCUGACAUUUCAGGCACCACUUUUUGCGAGUCCAAAAGCAGACCCCAAAAAUGUAGCUUCCAUUAUAUUGGGUGGAGGUGCUGGAACUCGCCUAUUUCCUCUUACCAGCAGAAGAGCGAAGCCUGCGGUUCCAAUUGGAGGGUGUUACAGGCUGAUCGAUAUCCCAAUGAGUAAUUGCAUCAACAGUGGCAUAAAGAAGAUAUUCAUAUUGACGCAGUUUAACUCAUUUUCCCUCAACCGUCACCUUGCUCGCACAUAUAAUCUUGGGAAUGGUGUUAAUUUUGGAGAUGGGUUUGUGGAGGUUUUAGCUGCCACUCAAACACCGGGAGAAGCAGGGAAGAAAUGGUUCCAGGGAACAGCAGAUGCUGUGAGGCAAUUUAUAUGGGUCUUUGAGGAUGCCAAGAACAAGAGUAUUGAGCAUAUAUUGAUACUGUCAGGUGAUCAUCUCUACAGAAUGGACUAUAUGGAUUUUUUGCAGAAGCAUAUUGACACAAAUGCUGAUAUUACAGUUUCGUGUGUGCCCAUGGAUGAGAGCCGUGCUUCAGAUUAUGGAUUGAUGAAAAUUGACAACACAGGACGUAUUAUUCAAUUCUCCGAGAAGCCAAAGGGGCCUGACCUGAAAGCAAUGGAAGUUGACACAACUGUUCUAGGGCUUUCUGAGCAAGAUGCUAGGAAAAAUCCUUACAUUGCAUCAAUGGGUGUUUAUGUAUUUAGAACUGAUGUCCUACUAAAGCUAUUGAGAUGGAGCUACCCUUCAUGCAAUGACUUCGGUUCUGAAAUUAUUCCUUCGGCUGUGAGGGAGCACAACGUACAAGCAUACUUAUUCAACGAUUACUGGGAGGACAUUGGAACUAUAAAGUCCUUUUUCGAUUCCAACUUGGCACUGACAGAACAGCCUCCAAAGUUUGACUUCAAUGAUCCAAAGACACCUUUCUACACAUCACCUAGAUUCUUGCCGCCUACUAAAGUUGAAAAGUGCAGGAUUUUGGAUGCAAUUGUUUCUCAUGGUUGCUUCUUGCGGGAAUGUAGCGUUGAACACUCUAUAGUGGGUGUGCGCUCUCGUUUAGAGUAUGGUGUAGAACUUAAGGAUACUAUGAUGAUGGGUGCUGACUACUACCAAACAGAAUCUGAAAUUGCGUCUCUGGUAGCAGAGGGAAAGGUUCCGAUUGGUGUUGGACAAAAUACCAAAAUCAGGAAUUGCAUCAUUGAUAAGAAUGCCAAGAUAGGAAGAAAUGUGGUCAUUGCAAAUGGUGAUGACAUUCAAGAAGGGGAUAGGCCAGAAGAAGGGUUUUUCAUUCGGUCAGGGAUCACUGUCAUACUGAAGAAUGCAACCAUUAAAGAUGGAAUGGUCAUUUAAAUCUGGUGUAAUGAACACUAGCAGUAGCGGUCCCAUAUAUGUAGAUUACAAGCCUCUUAGUACGGAAGGCCUCUCAGUUCCUGAAUAAAAUCACUGCUGUUAGCUUAUUUAUUUGUUCUGGCUGUUAAAGCUAUAUAUAUGUAUUAGACACUUGGCUUAAUAUAUAGGGCUAUGAAUCUCAAAAUUUUGUUCAA